AUGUUCAACAGUGAACAGAAGCAGCAGCCAGGUCUGUUUAGUAGUUCAACAAUGGACCCAAGGAUUUCUUUCUCCAAUGAUUUUGCAGAUCCUCAUGUAGGGAUCAAGUACGAGAGCAACUACCGAGAAGCUCCGGUGUCUUCGGACUUCGAAUUCUCGGUGAACAACUAUGCCAUGAUACCUGCAGAUGAGAUCUUCUUCAAGGGUACGUUAGUGCCCUUGAGAGGCACUGAUCAUGGCAGAAAGAUGACUUUGAGAGACACACUGCUCGUAGACGAUGACGACGACGACGACGGUUUGUUCCCGAACUUGCGAAAGGGUUCGGGGCAGUGGAAAGAGCGGUUGGGGCUUAAAAGGACGAACAUUGUGUCCAAGAAAAAGGAUAGAAAUGAACACGUGCUUGAGAAAGUAGUUGAAGAGAAGGGUGCUAUGCCUAUGUUUCUCCAUGGUGAACAUCUUAUCAGCAACACGUAG